AUUAUCAAAACCAGAAGAAAUGGGUAACACUUUGUUAUUUCUUUUCGCUAGUAUUUUUUGUAUGAUCAGUCACGGCGAAGCAAUCUGUUGUGGAGAAAUCAAGUCGAUAGUGGACAAGAAGAUUGAGGCAGAAAAAGUGCUGUGCGCUCCAGGAAACAAUCUCCCUCCAGGCUGUUGCAGAGAUAUUUUGAAAGCAGUUGAAGAGUAUAGUGCUGCAUAUGAAGCUAUUUGUGUGAACAAUACAGUUCCAUGCAUAGACCCCAAGCCAUUGGGAAUGCAAAGCGGCAAAAUACCCGAUUCGGCAAUCACAGCAUCGUCAACCUUUGGUAGUUCUUAUUAUCCUUACUUCGCAAGAUUGAAUAAGACUGGCAGUUCUUGUUGUUGGGCACCAACUGCAGCAGGAAGAGUUGGCUCGUGGUUACAAGUUGAUCUUGGACAAAACACAACUGUCAUAGGAUUUUCAACUCAAGGAACAUGUUAUAGCCAUGUAGAGUGGGCGAUCUCUUACUCGAUUUCUUACAGCAACAAUGGUGGUACUUGGACUCUUUAUGAAGAGUCAGGGACUGCAAAGGUUUUUCAAGGCAACCAAGACCAAAACUCCAUUGUUAACCACACAUUUAAAACUGGAAUCAAAGCUCGAUACAUUCGUGUGUUGCCGAAAUCAUGGAAAAACUAUCCUACAAUGAGACUCGAGUUGUACGGUUGUUACUGAGUAGAACGUGCAUGAAACAUCCUUAGAGUAAAUUUCCAAUAGUUGCUUAAAGGCGGUAAUCACAGACUGGUUUAGCUUUAAUUUGUAGACUAGCUUGAAUGUUUAAUCUAAUAACUAAACAAUAAAUGAAAUUGGCAUCUAUAUUGUUUUGCAAAAAUCGACUACUUUAACUAUAUUU